GAAUUUUCAUUCCACAUUAAACUAUUUCGAAAUCAAAACGGAGUUAUGUGUUUGAUAAAGAGAACCAAUCAAAGAGAUAUUUUAGUUUUAUUGUUUUGUUUGAUAUUAUUAAUAUUUAAUAUGUCCAAAGUCGAUGCCGAUGAGAAGAAUAUUAAUAAGUUAUUGAACAAUCAGGCCGUUGUUAGUCGUCAAAUAAUGUGCAUUCUAGAGAAAAGUCCUUGCGACCAACUAGGACGACAAUUAAAAGCUGCUCUUCCAGAAGUCAUAACCAGAAAGUGCCGCAAUUGUUCUCCGCAGCAAGCGCAAAGUGCUCAGAAGCUCACAGCAUUUUUACAGGCUCGCUAUCCAGAUGUUUGGGCUAUGCUCUUGCGGAAAUAUUCGACUGCUUAGGUCAAUUGUGUGUAUUGAAUGUGUACUACAAAUAUUUUGCUGGAUAAGUUUCAUAUAUACAAAUUGGGAAACAUUUUUUGCAAGCUUUGGUGUCUUGGCAUUGCUUUGAAACCCAUAUAUUAGAAAUGCUAAAUUAAAUUUGUAUUUUGUAUAUUUGUUGUAAAGAAACUCUAAAAUAAUUUCCAAAUAAACAAACUUUAU